UUUUCAGCAUCUGCUCUGAGAGCCCUGUAUACCAGCCUAAACUCCACAAGGCAGCUGGCAAAAUGGAGUGCCAAUGGCGGUGAUCCUUGUGGAGAGUCCUGGACAGGCAUUACCUGCUCGGGCAAUAAAGUAACUGAAAUGUGGGGUUCGGUCUUCCUUUUUAUCUUCAAAUUUUUGAAAUUAUUGACUAGGUAUGUGCUGAUGAUCAGGUUUCUUUCAUUUUCCUUCAGCAAGAUAGCAGGUCUUGGGCUCUCAGGUUCAAUGGGGUACCAGCUAGUUAGUCUAAAAUCUGUGACCGAUUUUGACAUAAGCAAUAACAAUAUUGGGGGGAUCCAGUUACCUUACCAGCUUCCUCCAAAUGUGCAAAGAUUAAACCUUGCUGAUAGUAGUUUUAGUGGUGGCCUCCCACGUUCCAUUUCACAGCUGACCUCCCUCCAGUAUUUAAAUGUCAGUCACAAUAAAAUCCAAGGAUCAGUGAUUGUCUCGUUUGACUCGAUAUCUGCUCUUAACACAUUGGAUUUCUCUUUCAAUUCUAUGAGGGGUAAUCUUCCUCAAAGCUUCCAGUCACUAACGAGUAUGAACAAAAUUAAGAGUUUUCGUACUUCCAUCUUUUUAUUUGCCGAGCUUCUAUCAAUUAUAGAAGUUUUAUUGUUAUAAUAUGCAGGUAUUUGCAGAACAAUGAGUUUACAGGAACUAUUGACGUCCUCGCCAAUCUUCCCCUUGACGAUCUGUAAGUUGUGUCCCAAAUGUGUGUCGAUAUUAUAUCUGAUGUUAAGUCGAUUGUUAGAAAAUCAUGUUGAUUCCUUUAUGCUUUAGGAAUGUUGAAAACAAUUGAUUUACUGGCUGGAUUCCUGGUCAGCUAAAAGGGAUAGUGCAGCAAGUGUCUCAGUUUGCAAUAAUUAUUAUUCAUCUUUGCAAAUUCUUUGGGGAGUUCUUUCUAAUUGUUAUCGCGAUUUAUGAAGGGAAUAGCAGCAAUUCGGACGGUAAUGGCAGUGAGAAAUCAGGUAUAGGGGGUGGAGGUAUUGCAGGCAUAGUGAUAUCCAUUCUAGUUGUUGGAGCAAUAGUAGCAUAGAAAUAGAAAACUUGAUAAUCAGCCAUUUGCUCCUCUUAUUACUUCACAAGAAGUACAAUGUAUUUUUCUUUCUCAAUUCUUGAUUUUGUAAGAAAUGUAUUGAAUGCUCUCUUAACUCUUUGGAUAUUUCCUAACCAAUAAUUAUAAUCAAUUGUGAUGUACUGUUCACUUACAUGAUCGGGAAUAUGGAA